UGGAUAAUAAGACUAUUCCUUAUCAAAAGUCAAUGAAAUUUGAUGAUCCUACGGACGAUCACCCAUCGAGUCCUUGUGAAGAUGAGAGAGAAGGCUUUUCGGAUAACCAAGACUCCUCACCAGCCGGUCGUUCCCAGUGGAAGGAAAUAAAGGAGCUGAUAUUUAAUGCUGAUUCUACACCCUUUCGACGAGUGAAGCAAAUGGUGGAGCUUGAUCCCUCUCCUAAGAAGACAGGAUAUCUAAAAAGACGAAGAGAGCGGAAAUUCAAGCCGAGAUUCAUCAGCCUAGCCAAGAAAAGGAACCUUAUUGAAAGGAACCACAUAGGAUGUGUCCAAAAAGUUCAUUUUGGGUUCGAGCCAUCCUUGUUGAAAUACUCUGAAAAUAUUACAAAAUUGGUUAAAUAUGGAAUCUUUUCAACAGUUUUGCAGAAAAUUGAAGAAAUUAAUGCUUCAAAACAAGGAUCGCCACUGAAGACAUUCAACCGGACUUUUAGUAAGAUUGGAGCAGAUACUUCGGAUAUUGGCAAAAACCCUAGCUUUGGCCUUAGGAAUUCCUUACAUGAGAUUAAGCUAAAGGUUAAUAAUAUUGAUAACCCGAAGAUGGUCAGGCUGGCUAGCUUGAGAAAAAAUCGCAAUUAUCAGAACAGAAUGAAGCUUAAGCACAAGCAUUCACAGAAGCAAAGUGAUAAUAGCCUUUUGAAGCUCUUUACUACUGAUAAGCUUAGUGAGGAGAGCAUAUCUAUUGGCUCAGAGACUGAUAUGAGUGAUGACAAACUCCCAAAGAUACAAGUUUUCGAAGUAGACAAUCCCCUGAAAAUAAAACAGAACAGUCUUGACGAGGACUCUUACGUUUCAAAAAGAAAGAUCAGCCUAAACAUACAGGCUCUUGAGAACUCUCCGUUCUUGCACAGCUCAGCGAAUGAGGUGUCAUAUCCAUGCUACGAGAUUGAAGGCAAGAAGCAGAAUUUUGAUACCAACUUCCUUAAUGUAGACAUGCUCAGACCUCCAUCAACAAUGGCUACAACACAUAUGGAUUCCGUGACUAUGAAAAAGUCUUCAGAGAAGCCUCUGACAGUUAAUAGCGACUUUGAAGCUCCUAAGGAAAUUAGCUUUUCUGUUCCUAGUGCUUGACCUAUUCUAAAAUUUCCUGGAGAGAGGUUACGCAGAAAGAUUGUCAGGCCUAAAGUUACUAAAAAGCUCUCAAAACAUCAUCGUAGAACUCUUUCAACCCGAUUAAAAGAAAGAAAAAGAAAGAAUUUGACCAGAAUUUACAGUCCUAAGCCUACUCAAAGAGAAAUUUUAAGGAUCAGAAACUUCAGGUCACUAUAAUCCCACCGCUUCUCUUUCCCAAAAAACAAUAACUUAAUAUAACUAGAGU